CCAAUCGCGGCUGCCCGGGGGGCGGGGCCGGCGACGGCGACAGCGGCCGCGUCGGGUCCAGGUCCCGGGUCGGGGUCUGCGGCGGGCGCGGCGAUGCUGCAGCUGCGGGACUCGGUGGACUCGGCGGGCACGAGCCCCACGGCGCUGCUGGCGGCCGGCGAGGAGGUCGGGGCGGGCGGUGGCGCGGGCGGGGGGCGGCCGGGGGCGGGCACGCCGCUGCGACAGACGCUAUGGCCGCUCAGCGUCCACGACCCCACGCGCCGCGCCCGCGUCAAGGAGUACUUCGUGUUCCGGCCCGGCACCAUCGAGCAGGCAGUGGAGGAGAUCCGCAUGGUGGUCCGGCCCGUGGAGGACGGCGACAUCCAGGGGGUGUGGCUGCUGACCGAGGUUGAUCACUGGAACAACGAGAAGGAGCGUCUGGUGCUCAUCACGGACCAGGCGCUGCUCAUCUGCAAAUACGACUUCAUCAGCCUGCAGUGCCAACAGGUGGUCCGGAUAGCCCUCAGUGCCGUGGACACCAUCUCCUACGGAGAGUUCCAGUUCCCCCCGAAGUCGCUCAACAAGCGAGAAGGUUUUGGGAUUCGCAUUCAGUGGGACAGGCAGAGCCGCCCUUCCUUUAUCAACAGAUGGAACCCCUGGUCCACCAACGUGCCCUACGCCACGUUCACAGAGCACCCGAUGGCCGGUGCCGAUGAGAAGACGACCUCUCUGUGCCAAUUGGAAAGCUUCAAAGCUCUGUUAAUUCAAGCUGUGAAAAAAGCCCAGAAAGAGAGCCCCUUGCCAGGACAAGCCAACGGCGUGCUGGUCCUGGAGCGCCCCCUCCUCAUCGAGACCUACGUGGGACUCAUGUCUUUCAUUAACAACGAGGCGAAGCUGGGCUACUCCAUGACCAGAGGCAAAAUAGGCUUCUAGCCGCUGCGCUCGGGGAGCUCCUCCCGGAGAAAGCCAGGUGGAUGUGGGGACUCUCGGGGCUCAGACCUUGGGCCAGCUCUGCUGCCGCUGGCAGGGCUGGCCCAUUUACCUUUAGGGAUCUGAGCGCGAUGAGAAUAGUCAGAUGAAUUAUAUAUUUCAGCUGGAUGUUGGAUAUCUGGUGAUAUGAGCUACAGACAAAAGCAAAAUGCGUCUAGCCGUCACUGUACUGGCUGGUAUCCCAUUUUCUAGAACUUCAGUUCGUGUGUUUUCCCUGGAGUGUCUCCAUUUGGCUUCUUGUGGUCCUUCCCACCCCAGCCCUGUAGCAUGUUAAUAAACGUCAUGUGAUUCCACUAGAACACA